UAUGAGGGCAGCGACCUUGACCCCAUCCAGGAUUCAUGUCCAGUGUCGUACCGGAUUCCGCAGGUCUCUGAAAAAUACCACUUAUUCCUCUUAAAGAGCUCGGAAAGGGGAGGUGGGGGAGAUCCGAGAUGUUGCGGAGCGAGUGGAGGAGGAGGGAAAGAGAUAAGUGAUCUAAAGGAGACACGAUAGGACAAAAAAGUGAUGAUGAUGAUGGUGAUGAUGAUGAAUACAUUGGAAAGUUUUUUGGCCCUGACGAGGGUGUCAGAUUGAAUGGCCUGUGCGCAUGUGCGAAGGUGUCCAAACUGACAAUGCUCGUGAGAUGAAGAUAGCGCUGCUGCUGCUUCUGAGCUCAAGGAGGACGCGAGGAAUCUACAAGCCGACAAGAUGAGAUCGAAGGCGAGGGCGAGAAAACUGGCCAAAAAUGACAGUGAGGCAGUAGACCGCAUGUACGACACAGAGCCCAAUCUCGUGACUGGUGAGAGUGCGGAAGAGGAGACAGAAGACAGCAUCAUGUCGCCCAUUGCAGUGGGGCCCACGUCCCCUCAGCCCUGCAAUGAGGACUUCAAUCCUAAAGAGGGUUCACCUUACGAGGUGCCCGUCUACAUUCCUGACGAUAUUCCCAUCCCGUCUGACCUGGAGCUCCGUGAAUCAUCCGUUCCAGGGGCUGGUCUCGGGAUCUGGGCCAAAACCACAAUUCGGAUGGGAGAACGCUUUGGACCAUACAACGGACUGCAGAGCGCCACAGUUAAAGAGACCACUUAUGGAUGGGAGCAAAUGCUGAAUGAUCAUGAAACGUCAUCUCAAGACAGCUGUAUUAAAAAGCAUUCACUGGACCAGGGCCUCGGAUGGAGUGUGAAAAAUAAAGGGCAAAAUGUGUGUGUGAGGGGUAUGAGGGGCAGAAAGGGAGCAAGCGAGAGAGAUUGUGAAAGAGAAAGAUCAGUGAUUGAGGAUGGAAUGAUCUAUUGUGGACAGAAGCUUGUCUGUGACGGCACAGCUCCUCUCGGCUGUGCUGGAAUUCGAGUGGGAGAGAGUGAAGAGAUGGAGAGCCAAUAG